AUGGAAUCAAAGAAACCAAUUGUCGUAUUUGUUUUGGGUGGACCAGGAUCAGGUAAAGGUACACAGUGUGCCAAUAUCGUCAGAGAUUUCGGAUAUGUACAUCUGUCGGCUGGUGACUUGUUGCGUGCUGAGCAAGCAUCGGGUUCAGAGUAUGGUGAGAUGAUUGCCACCAUGAUUAAGAACGGUGAGAUCGUUCCAUCCAUCGUCACUGUCAACCUCCUAAAGAAAGCGAUCCUAAGCGACACCACCAAGAACUACUUGGUCGAUGGUUUCCCAAGAAACGAAGAGAACAAUAACUCAUGGGUUGAUACUAUGAAAGAUCUUGUAGAUACAAAGUUUGUUUUGUUUUUCGAUUGUCCAGAGGAAGUUAUGACAGAGAGAUUGUUGGGUAGAGGAUUGAGCAGUGGCAGAACCGAUGAUAAUUUAGAGUCGAUCAAGAAGAGAUUCAAUACAUUCAACACACAAACUAAAUUCGUUGUCGAUCUCUAUUCGAAGGAGAACAAAGUAAAGAUUGUCAACUCCAACAGAGCAGUCGACCUUGUAUACACAGAUGUAAAAUCAAUAUUCGGAAGCAUUAACAAUUGA